UAUUUCCUUAUCUCUCCAUUUCUGUGAUUGCAAUUGCUGCUAGAUUUUUUUCGCGUCUCAUCUCUGCCUGCGUCGCUCAGGAUUCUCGAGGAUAUUCGUCUGCAAGGUUUUGAAGAUUUGUGAUCAUUCCAGCGGUUUUGUUAGUUUUGAUUGAUUUGAGGGAGUUUUGAGAAUGAGUAACUCCGAGAAACGGCAAUCUGAGGAUGGGCGACCGGUCGAUGAUGCAGAUCCCUCCGGUCGAGCGUCGAGCGGCGAUGAUUCGGCGAAUGUUCCGUCUUGCGGUGGUGGGACGUCGGUGAGUGCGGGGCAAUCGGUUGCGCGGCGGCUGACGGAGAUUAUUGUGGAGAAUGAGGAUGCGGAUCUGCUGCUGCAGAGGAAUGGUGGGGAAGACGGUGUUCUUAAGUGGAUUCGUGCGUUGGAUAUGCAGGUUAUGGGGGCUUGCCGAGCGGAUGAGAGGCUGAAACCUCUGCUGAAGCUAAAUGUCGCUGCAGGUGUUGCUGAUGAUCGUUUGAUAGCGCAUCUAAAUCAGCACUUUGAGCCUGCUGAAGUUGGGAGGCUAGCCAGAUGCUUGUGCAUUCCUUUGGUUUCUAUUCGAGUUGGAAAGAUCAAUAAGCAAGGGACACUAUUAUUGCCAACAUCUAUAAGGGGGAAUUUGUGCCUGACACUAUUACUGACCUCUGAUUUACGGCUGUCGUUCAAUGGAGAUGAUAGCUCUACAGAGAGGUUAGCAACAUUUAGUACAGACACCGAGACUACUGAAACAGAAAUCGAAGCCAUCCCAGCCGACAAAUCUGGUAGGUCAUUCUCGAUCAAGGUCUCAGACAGCGACGAGGUUUCUUAUUUUUGGUGCUCCGAGAAAUCUAUGCUUUUGGGGAGCGAACUGCUGAGAAAGAUGAAGGAUUUGCUCGCGAGAAAACCUUCGCUGUCUGAAUUAAGCGGCAUUAGCGAUUUCCGGCUCAACUGUUUUGCCAAUGGUCUCCGAGCCAGCCUUGCUAGAUCGAGCUCCAGUCUUUCAGAAACCUCGGCUAAUAACAACUCGGUUCAUGUCUCCGAACUCCAUUCUCCUCAGACAUCAUCAUUCGGUUGUCAGAAAAACAUACAUUCCCGGCUGCAGACCCCUCAUGGGUCGAAGACGAAUCUGUUCUAUCCGGGAAAUCUCAGCCCAAGAUUAUGUUCUUUCAAAGAAGGCCUACAAAGAAGCUUAAGAAACACAGUAAGGGAAAAGCUUCGGCGACGAGGGGAGAGCUACGCAUCAUCCAUUGACACCGUAUCAUUAAAUCCGCUGUUGCAGAAAGAAAAACUCCCGAAGGUGAAUCGAGCAACCCUUUCGCUCGCUACAUUGAACAUUUUGGAUAUUAUCGGGAAAUCCCGAGAGCUUCCGGCGUCUUCAAUCCAAGAUAUACGAUCCCCAUCAUCUCUGUCUCCUCACUACUGCUGGUGCCCUCCCGUCGGGUCGUCCCUGCAAUACGCCAUCGGAAAACCUCAGCAGCUGCCGGUUUCGUCGCCGGAUUCCUUGUCUCUUCCGCCGCUCUCGUCACUGUUGCCCUCCGCCGGUCCCUCCGCGCUCCUGACGUCGAAGCCGUUACUGAACCUGGCUGAGAUUCCGACUGUCGAUUUCCCCGACCUCCCUCCGGAGCCUCUGGUCCUGCUAUCGACGUCGCAGCAGAUCCCGACGUUUACGCCCUUUAUAUGCGACCCGAUAGUCCACAUUCCGAUCAUAGAUGUCUGCUCGUCGGGACAGGCGUACUUUGUCAGCGCUGGACCGGCGAUGUCCACCGCAAUUCCGCCGCUAAACCCGAAGAAUCUUGUCGACCCGUUGCUUCCGAAUACAGAGUCCAUGGUCGAACGGGGCGCUCGGGAGACACUGCGAAUGCUCAUUAGCUCCUCCAACCAGCAGAACUCUCAGCUACUUGAUGUCUUCCCGUCGGUUUCGAGCAAUGACAAGGGAAGUGUACUUGUGGCCGGAAGCCGGGGACUCUAUAGCGGGACCCGCGAUGUUGAAGUCGUCAACAGUAGCAUUUCGACUGUGGGGCUGUCGUUUUUGUCCGAAAACGGGAAAAAACACCUCUUGGGUCGGGAUGGUUUGUUCAAUCCGACGAAGAACCACCCGAGCCUGUCGAGCUCCGGUUCGUCGUAUACUACUAAUUGCUGUGAUGACGAUGACGAUGAUGUCGACAAUGACGGAAGAGAUUGAUCUCUCUAUUGGUAAAAGUUUAAAAAUGUUGGUUUCUCGUGAGGGAGAAAGAGACAUGUAUAUGAAUAUGAAGAUGAAUAUGAAUAUGAAUAUGAUGGGUGUUUUGAGCAGUGAGAAACAAUGAAAUAUGUUUCUUGAUUUUGAUUUUUA